CGUUCCCCUCGCGGUUUGGGAAACAGCAGAGACGCGACAGGUGACUGUGUUCACAAUGUCGGGCAGAAAGCCCCGAUCUGUGGCGAAUCCCCUGGAGUCUGCGAUCACCACACCCAGUGAGAGGAUCCUGAAGGAAUGCCACAGCCUGUAUGUCGACAGCGAAAACGGCCUGGUGAAAAUCGCCAGCAGCCUGGGAGUCCGGCUACUGCCUCCCAGAAAGAAGAUCAUUGUGAUGAUAAUGGGUAACCACUCUGCAGGAAAGAGCUCCUUCAUUAACUGGUACGCCGAAGAGCACAUACAGAAAACAGGUGUGGCCAUUGAAACCCAGGGGUUUACGUUCAUCACAAGUGGUCGCAAAAGAGAAUCUCUGACGGGGAAUGCGACGCUACACCUUUACCCUCACUUUCGACCCCUCCUUGAGUUCAAAGGUGCGUUGGACUACCUCUCAGCUGAGAUCUCCACCUCCAAGCAGAAGAAAUUCAGUCUGGUGACAUUUGUGGACACUCCGGGUUUGGUGGACGGAGACAUGAUCUACCCCUUUGAUGUCAACAGCGCCAUCACCUGGUUGGGAGAACAGGCGGACCUGAUAUUUGUGUUCUUUGACCCGAUGGGCCAAGCGCUGUGCAAACGCACCCUCAACAUUGUGGAGAAGCUCAGUGAAAAAUGUGGGGACAAGCUGUUGUUCUACCUCAGCAAAGCGGACGAGGCCGGGAGGGAAACGGACCGUCAGAGAGUUAUGAUGCAGAUCGUCCAGGAGCUGUGCCGCCGUCCCGGUCUCAAUAAAUGUGGUUUUGAGAUGCCGACAAUAUACAUCCCCAAUCCGGAGAAGCCGAGCAGGUGUGUGAACCAGAUAGACGGGGUCUGCCAGACCAUCGAGAAGACCAUCAACCAGGCCGUUCAGAAGACACUGGAUCAGCUGGAGAGAGACUGUGACCUCAUUUGUUCAACGAUCAACAGCAAACUAGAACAGGACAGGGCUAAUGCGGCUUACAACAAAAGCGUCCGUCUUCACUCGUUCCUCUGCGGUGCUCUGGGAGUUUUCCUCCCUUUCCUCUUCAUCCUCAGUUUCAUCGUGAACACCAUCUCCAAAGAGCAACUGGAAGAGCUCCUGGGUGAAAGUGCGAGUCGGACCAUCACUGUCUUCUCGGGAGUAGUGAUGUAUUUAUGGGACUGGAUACCAGAAGAUGGCCAAGUUGUGUGUGUGAUCAUUUUUGGAGCUUUUUGCUACCUCCUGCUUUUCCUGGCUAAAUAUUUUGCAGGCCAAGGGAAUAAGACUCUGACGAAGAAGGAGAAGAGGAAAAUGGCAGAAUACAGUGAUUAUAUCCAAGAUAUCGUCAAAGCUAAGAAGGGUAAACUCUACGAAUGGUAUCUCCAGCAGUGUGCAGCAGAGUACGACCUCUGACCCCGGGUAAGCCGAAGAUGGUUUAAACGCACAUGUUUUUUUUUUUUGUUUGUUUUUUUGUGAAAGCGUCUCAUCUGUCACAGUGUGUCAUUUGGCGUUUAUAGCGGAAGGAAGCAGGACCUCGAACCCAGUUAAUAACCCUCAAAAUGAACACGAUGCGACCUGCCAACGUUUAUCAUCAUCUCAGCAGCUCAUUUGAGAAGUGCCUUUAGUAUUGAUUACCAGACAAACUGUGAUUGUAUAGUUUUUUUUAAAGGAACAGAAUUCAUACUGUGACUAGAUAUUUUUCAGUUUUUUAGUCGCGCAUACAUACAUCAGAUAUUUUAGAAAGUAAAAGGUGUUUACAAAUUACUUACUUGUUCCCCAUUUUUCUCUGGAGUAACUUGCAGCUGCUUUUACCGGCAAGUACGUUUAUACGAUGUUUUAUAAAGUCUGUCCUCUCGUAGCGCCGUCCUCGCUGCCAUUUUUACCAGAAUGUGUUUUAAUGCCGUCUCUUAGCAAUAACCACAAUAGCCAAUACUGAGAAAACAUCUGGGCAUUGAAGUUGUCUUAUACUUUCACACAGCCAGUAAACCUUGAGGCUCCAAGCUUUCUCUUGCCUCCAAAGACUCUGUAAGACUUGUCUUGUGUGUGUCAGGUGUUUUUUUUGUACGUCAGGUAUUUUAUUGGUGAAUCGUGAGCCGCAGCACAGUCAAGACUGGUGGUUCAAAUACUCCAAUGCAGUACAGUAAAACAUGUGUCAUUGCACUGAUGUGCAUCUCCUAGUUCUGUCAAUGAGCACUGAAUGCUGAGAGUCGUCUGUGUAUAGAUUUUACUUUUAUUGUCAUAUUUUCUCAUCACUCCGUUCUAAGAUGUAUGUGUGUUCAGUAGUUCGAACUGUUGUUGUUUUUUUCCCCCCAAGGAUGCUCUGAUCCAAUACACAUCCAUAUCUGAUACUUAUUGUCAUGAUUGACCACAUUAAUAACUAUUUAUAACUACUGUUAAUAACUGGGUGUCUUUGAUGUCAGCGUGGCCAUAGAUUAGUCUGUAGUGGUCAUGUAUCAGCAGAAGCCCAGAGUUGACGUUGGGAUCAGAGGAGGAAAGUUGGAUCAGUGCAUCCUCGCUUUUUAUCCAGAAUAAUAUAGAAGAACCUUUUACGGGCUGUUUGCAAUACUAUUGUGAACACUUUUAGUUUGUUUGUAUUAGAUGUCUCCCAGGGAAUAUGAGAUCUCAUUUAUACAUUUUGUGAAGCUCAUCAGUUCUGUGUAAUCGUUCCUAAAAUCACUGUUGUGUGUAAACUAGACUGAUCUAUCUAGAAAUGCUGUUCAUUUCAGGCAUCCAAAUUCAAAGAACGAAAUCAGCCAAACUGUGCUCUGUCACUUCUUUUGAAGUUAUUAAACAUUUUCUAAUGA